AUCUGCUUGGACAGUCGCCAUGUAAAUUCGUAGGGCGUGGUCGGAGUGUUCGGCGCAACUCGGCGUGUUUGGUUAGCCCUGCCGAUUUUGAGACUUGGCCCUGCAAGAAGCGAAGGCGCAAGCCUUUCAUUCGCUGGUCCGCUCCUAGCCGUACCGUAAUUGCCGUUUGGGGAACAACAAAACGGCAGGUUUGGAUGCAAGAUUGAUCUUUCCCAGACGCUUUAUCAUCGAUCUCUGCUGUGAAAGAUAACAUUACAUAGGGCGGGCAUCCCUGUCAAUUAGUGCAAAACCAACCCUCGGCCAUUCUAUAUCAUUCUCAGUCCCACCACCACUUUCCACCGUCCACCACCAUUCUCUUCCCAUUUUGAAGUCAAGAUCUCGACCGCCAGAUCUUGAAAUGUCACCCCCAGGCGCAAUUGACCCCUCGCCAGAGGUCACAGCCAUCACUGAUACCGCUGCCGUCACUCUUCCGGAUUUCCUGGCCGCACCUAUACAAUCGAACGAGAUAGGCAAGAGGAGGAGAAAGGCAAGAGAGGGCCAGUGGGGCAUUGCUGCACCGUCAGACACAAGAGACUUCAGGUUCAAGAACUACGAAGGAAAGCCGAAGGCCAAGAGAUGGGAUCACUAUUUCAGCCAUGAAGCCAGAGUCCGGAAAGGUAACAGGCUCAAGGGUGCAGCCAAGUUCCUCACAAGCAAGCCUGGAAUCAUCAGCUUGGGAGGCGGCCUGCCAUCUAGCGAGUACUUCCCUUUUGAGGAGAUCUCAAUCAAGGUGCCGGCGAAGGGCAAGUUCUCGGAAGCUGAGACCAAGGAAUCUGGCGUGGUCAUCACCGCAGGAAAGCAUGACCUCGCUAACAUGAAAUCUACCUACGACAUCUCCACUGCUUUCAACUACGGCCAAGGAUCAGGAUCAGCACAGCUUCUCCGAUGGGUCACAGAACACACCGAGUUUGUGCACAGCCCACCGUACCAGGACUGGCAAUGCACGCUCACCAUCGGAAGCACAUCGGGUUGGGAUAUGACUCUCCGCUUGAUGACACGACCAGGAGAUUGCAUUCUCGCCGAAGAGUACACUUUCUCCGCUGCUGUCGAGACAGCUCUACCCCUCGGCGUCCGUAUGGCAAGCGUACCGAUUGAUGCCGACGGUCUUAUUCCCGAAGCGAUGGACGAGAUUCUCACGAACUGGGAUGUCAAUGAGAAGGGAACACGAAAGCCGCACUUGCUAUACACAAUCCCAACGGGUCAGAACCCCACAGGCGCAACAAUCCCCGGACCCAGGCGGCGGGAACUCUACAAAGUCUGCCAGAAGCACGACAUCUUUAUCGUGGAAGAUGAGCCCUACUUUUUCCUCCAGAUGCAGCCGUACACGGGCGCCAACGCACCCGAUGUCCCGCCACCAUCCUCGCACAAUGAUUUCUUGAAGACGCUUGUUCCCAGCUUCCUCAGCAUGGACACAGAUGGCCGCGUGCUCCGCAUGGACUCUUUCUCCAAGGUGAUCGCCCCGGGCUCCCGCAUCGGCUGGCUCACCGCAUCCGAGCAAUUCAUCCACAAAUACCAACAGUACGCCGACGUCUCCACGCAGAACCCCUCCGGAAUAUCUCAGCUCGUCCUCUUCAAGCUGCUCGACGAGCACUGGGGCCACGACGGCUACCUCGACUGGCUCAUCCACAUACGCAUGGAGUACACCAAGCGCCGGGACGUCAUCCUCGGCGCGUGCGAAAAGCACCUGCCGCGCUCCAUCGUCUCGUGGAACCCGCCCAUGGCCGGCAUGUUCCACUGGAUGCAGGUCGACUUCAAGCAGCACCCGGACUACCCGCAGAAGAGCAUCGAGACGAUCGAAGAGGAGAUCUUCAUGCGUGUGAUUGACCACGGUGCGCUGGUCAUGCGGGGAAGCUGGUUCUACGCGAGCGAGGAGGAUACGCAUGAUACGCUGUUCUUCAGGGCGACGUAUGGGGCUGCGAAGGCGGAUCAGAUUGAAGAGGCGGUGAGGAGGUUCGGCGAGGCGAUUCGCGAGGAGUUCAAGCUGGCGAAGGGGUCGAAUGGGGACAAUUUACAUUAGUCGCAACUCCUCUGAGCGCAGAAAAGCGAGGGUUUGGGGGAAAGGAGAUAUGCUCCGGUGCUCAGGAUGAUUGAUGAAAGCAUGGCGGUUUCAAGGCAGGUACAAGUCUACCUGCGUCUGAGCAUUUCUUCUGGCGUUGUUGGUCGAGUCCACAGUCAUGUUCGUAGCUGCAAACAAAGCAACCACGGUUGCAUUCCAUACUACAGAAGCACAUCCUCCACAAUGUGCCCACCUAGAC